CAACUUCUUUAACUAAAAGUUUUUACGACUGUGGAAAUUGAAGAUAUCAUUUUUCUUUAGCAUCGUUCACCUUGGUGUAAAAACUAUAGGAAAUCUUGAAGCCGAACACCUUUCUUCUCUCGUAUCCCUUGUUGACAAACAAUAUGGACUCCCGUGGACAAAUAUUGCUGCUUGAUUCUCAGGCAUUGCAGUAUUCUAUGCGGCAAUCGUCGGUGAAGAGUCCUGCUUCUUCUACCAUAGUCUCAAAGCAGCCUCAAAUCGAAAGCAUAUAUUAUCAACAAAGUCAGUCAUAUCUGGAAGACGAAACCACCGACGAAGCAGAUAUUUACAUUCCACAAAACUUGGACCCCGAAGAACUCGCUUACAAGUUUCCCGUUAGCUCGAACGUAGUUGACAAUAUUGUCAACGAAGAGAAUACACAGCACCGGUACCACUUGACCAGAGGAUCUCCUAUCGUAGACUGGAGUGGUGAUAGUGACUCAUCUAAAAUUGAUAUGAGGGACACUACUACGGCAAAAGAUAGUUUUGUACCGACCGAUACCGAUAAUGUCAAAUACAAAUUAUCGUGGUCAAGCACAAUUUCCGUUGGGGAAAACAACCUUUCCUUGUAUCCCACCACGACGCCCACGGAGACCUUUCCGGUCGACAUUCAUCAGCCAUCUACUCCAGGUCCAAUUAUCGCACAAAUGGUCAAAGAUGGACUAUCACGGCAUUCAUCAGGCUAUUCCAAUGUGAUUGAUGAUGACGAUUCGGCCAGUGUUGGCACUGAAGAAUUUGACAAUUGGACACACGGCCCUAAAAUCUCGGCUGACACACUUGAAAAUGGAAGCUACAAAGCUUCUACGCGAUCUUUUGACGCUACUCGUAUCAACACCUUGGACGCAAUAGUUAACACGGAGUCAUCUCACCCAACGUCUUCGCCAGAACUUACCAACGGUUCCGUGAAUGCUAAUAAUACACGGCAUAGCCCAACAUUUCUACAUUCUAAGACACACAAUAGUAAAAUACUGGCUCGGCAGUACUCUCAUGCGAAACAACUUGCAGCCAAACAAUACGAAAUGCCAGACAAGCUAGUACUUGAAUACAAAGGGAAUACUGUUCACAUUGUUGAAAGCAGUGUCAAGGACCUUUCGCAUGACAUUGAACUAAAGUCAGAAUCAGUUCUAUUGCCUGUCAAUCAAACAGUUACUUCACUCGACUUGCAACAUGCGGCCGCUACCAAAAUACAAGCCUCAUGGCGAGGUUAUUGCGAACGAAAAUCGAAUCCGCCCACUUCAGCCCGAGCAAUGUUGCUGAUUAUGACGCUCAGUGUGAAGUUUCAACAAAAAUGCAAUGGCUCAGUCGAUCGAAAACUUCGCGGCUUGAAGCAUAGAGUCUUGCAGGAAGCACGGUUCCGAGUACGAUCCGAGCGGCAAUUACAAAAGCUAGGAGAAGUAAAUCGAAGAGAACGGGAUGAACUUUGCAGACUUUUGGAUAACGAAAAUAUAACUUUGGAAGCACAGGACAGGCUGAUGCGUGAAAGUGCCGAAAAAGUCGAUGUUACCUAUCAUCAACUACAAGCCGAAAGAAACGAACGUGAAAAUUUGGAAAGAGUCAUUCAGUUGGCCGCCAAGGAGAUAAGCGCCCAAGCCGAGCGUGAAAUGCAACGUAACAAAGAAAUGGACACAAUUCAAAGGAAAGUUGAGAAGCUUGCAAAUGAAUUGAAGUUUUUGAAACUCGAACAAAGCUCAACGCAUCAGCGCCCACGACGCUCAAUUUCGCCCACUCCUUCGCUACGAAGCCCAUCUCAAGCAAUCAAUGCCCAAUGUUCACCGUCUCCAGACCACAGACCUUCCUACCGGAAUCGCAUGCGACCAUCAGCUGUUCCUCGACUUGAGACUGGUCCAUCGUCAUCUAAUGUAAACUCAGCCCUGUACAAGAUGCACGCAGCAAAAGAUACCCUUCCCUCUUCUCAUCCAAAAGCAAAUAAUAUACUUCUCAGAGGGAAAAGCUUGAUACCAACCAACAGCAACAACACUUCUUCGCAAGAAAGAAGGCGAUAAUCUGAAUAUCACAUAUUUGAGAAAUCAGCGUCCUGACAGAUGUAAAUCUUGAUACCCCCAUUUCCUUAGAUAACAUAAUAUCUUUCACAAUUUGUAUAAAACCGUCAGUCUGGUAUAUUCACGAUGAUUCGAGAUAAACUACUAUAUCCUCUAAUCUUGAUAACUGGUCUAGUGAUAUCUUUUCCUGCGGGGCCAUGGCUGUAAGAGAGAAUAUUAGUUAUCUAUGGACCUGAGUUGAUACCGAAACAUCUUUCAUCGCAAACACUCACGUAUCGGGGCAGGUUUGAGCAACUGGGAUUCAUUAUCCAGUAACCAUCCCUUUUUCGUUAAUG